CACACUCAGAAACAACGAAGAAGAGCUUCCUUGCUUGGUCGCCUCAACUGGGGAAAUCCGUUUCUCAGUGCAACUCCAAUUUUUAAUUAAAAAAAUUAAAAAAAAUUAAAAAAAUAAAAAGAGAAAAACUUGCACUUGGGUUUGUAAUCUUUAAGUGGAAGGAGAUGAAAUUGUGAAAAAAAAAAAAAAAAAUGCAAGGGUUGGUUCUUCAUAUGCCAUUUGUUUCAAGAAAGAAGCUUCCUUUGUUGGCUCUGGUAGAUACUUUACCAUGCUAUUCUACUAUACUCUCCAGAACUAAAAGUAGAAGAAUCUCACCCUCAUUAAGAUGUAGAGAAAUUUCAAGGUAUGGAACGGUCCGAGUACAAGCAUCAUCUAAUGUUAGCAUUGGAUCUGGGGGCUAUGAAGGAAGAGACGAGAACGAGAAGCAGAAAAUUUUUGAAAAUGCUUCCUCGAAUGGCGGUUCACCUGAAAUUCAGAAGCGGCCAGAACGGAUACCUUAUCCUCUCUCUAUUGCUCUUGUUCUAUUUGGGAGCGCUUUAGUGUUUUUGCUUAUUGCCUUUGUGAAAGGAGGACCUUCAGCUGUUUUAGCAGCAAUUGCAAAAUCAGGCUUCACGGCUGCAUUCACAUUGAUAUUUGUUUCUGAGAUCGGGGACAAGACAUUCUUUAUUGCUGCACUCCUGGCUAUGCAAUAUGAAAAAGGACUGGUUUUAUUGGGUUCAAUGGGUGCUCUUUCACUUAUGACUAUCCUCUCAGUUGUCAUAGGGCGCAUAUUUCAUUCAGUGCCCGCUCAAUUCCAGACAACUUUGCCAAUUGGAGAGUAUGCAGCUAUAACUCUUCUACUCGUUUUUGGCAUCAAAUCAAUAAAAGACGCAUGGGACCUUCCAUCAAAUGUGGUUAAGAGCAGUGAUAAGGGCAGCCCUGAACUUGAUGAAUAUGCCGAAGCUGAGGAGCUUGUGAAAGAAAAGGCAUCAAAACAAAUCUCGAAUCCACUGGAAAUUAUCUGGAAGUCAUUCAGCCUUGUUUUCUUUGCUGAAUGGGGAGACCGCUCAAUGCUUGCAACAAUUGCUCUUGGUGCUGCCCAGUCUCCAUGGGGUGUCGCAAGUGGAGCCAUAGUGGGACACCUAAUCGCUACAACACUUGCAAUUCUAGGAGGUGCAUUUCUUGCCAACUACAUUUCUGAAAAACUGGUCGGCUACUUGGGUGGUGUUCUAUUUCUAGUUUUUGCAGUAGCAACAUUCUUUGGAGUUUUUUAGGAAGAUGAAAAUCUAAUAUCUUAUGGGAGAGAAAUCUGGGUGCAAUGGAGGUCGAAAUACAGCUGCACCUUGAGACCUCACAGGAAAAUUAUGAAAGAGUUUAGAGGAGAAAAGUAAAUCUGCUACUAUAGUGGAGCUUUGUUGGAAAGCAGGCAUUGUCAUUAUUUGACAUGGCUCAAAGUAUCACUAGGAAAUUAUGUUUUCUGUAAUAUGUAAGCUAAUGUAUAAGAUAAUAGCAGAAAACUCAGACCAUUUAGAUUCAAGUUUUUCAUAAUGAGGAUUUUUUUUGGGGAAACCCAAAUCUAUGGGUUUCUUAUUA